AUGGCGAAAAAGGAGAAACGAUUUAUUGAGUCCAUGUUUCGUGGUGAGAAUGAUGCUAUGAUUCUGGCAGAGUCUGCUGCGAAAUCGCAAGAGGAGAAGGUUCUCAAUAGGAUGCAACACAACAAAUUGUUGAACAAUGGACGUGACGAGCAUCAAAAGGUCAAGAAAAAGGCCCGUCCAUCCAGCGACAGUCGGCUUAAGCAAGCAAAAGAAGCCGUUCGAGCGCAAGUGGCUCGGUUACGGAAGCGCAGGACCGAGUUCCGGAAGGCUGCAAAGCAGGGUCGGGAAUCUUCCGAAACACAACCAGCAAAGAAGAAAGGAGUAUCAUUUGUAUGACCAGAAUUGCAUACUCCGGUGAGGGUGAACAACCCAAUAUCUGUGGCCACUCUCAAUACUAUCGGAUCCGGUCAUAUUUCGAGAGGUUGACAUGGUAAUCAGAUACCGUCGUGGGGCCGGACUGUCAUAUAUGGACGUAUUCCCAGCCUACUUGGACGAAUGAAAUCGAGCAUGCGGAUAACAUGCGUCGCGAGAAUGAUGCGUCCGUGCAUACUUCUUCAUGAUUAGAUUUCUUAAAAUACCCCACCAGAUCCGCAUUUCGAAGCUUUCGAUCAGUGACUUUGAUAAAGGUCCACUGAUAUGAUGAUCAGGUGAUUUAUCGCAAUUGAGUUAGCAGUACUAACUUCUCGAUCGACGAAGCAUUAUGGCUCGCUUGCUGAAACGAAGUGAAUGGUUCCGUUCACGUUUCGCUCGUCUAAUACGGGCCUAGUUUGAUACGCAGUACUUGACGUCCAGGAAGCACGAUUCUCCUAUGAGCUUUUGAUGCUCAAUUACU